AUGGGCGCCGCCGCCGACUUCGCGGCGACCGAGGUCCCAGGCUUCUCGCAGGCGCAGUUGGACUCGCUCGCCCGCAGCGUCGAGGCGCGCCGACUGCAGCUCGAGGCCGACAUCCACGCCUACAUUGCGCGCAAGCAGGACGAGCUGCGCCAGUAUGAGACCGAGCUUGUAGAGACGCUGCGUUUGAUGGAACGCGACGAGGACCCCGACGCUGCUGCGGCGGCCGCUUCCACCGCUGCAACCGCUUCCACCACUGCCACCGCUUCCACCACUGCCACCGCUUCCACCGCUGCCACCGCUUUCACCGCCUCGCCCGCCUCGCCCGCCGCUUCGAGACGCUCCAGCGCGGCGUCAUUGGACACGACACAAGCCUCGGCCUCGCCCGACGAGCACAAGAAGCAGAAGAAGCACGGCCGCGUCCACAAGCGCGAGAGAGAGCUGUACGGCCUCGUCACCCCCGUCUUCCUGCCGCUGCUCGACGCGCGCGAAUUCACCUCGCCCGACAAGAACCCCGACAAGAAGCCCGCGCCCAAGCAUGCCGACAGCAGCUCCGCGCACCGCAACGCCCCUCCACCCGCCGCCGCCGCCGCCGCCGCCGCCGACAUGCCCGGGGACACGCCCGCCAAGGAGCGCUCCGCCUCGGAACCCAUCAUCAAGAAGCGCCGCUCGAGCAUCAAGAAAAAGUCCGCCCUGCGCCACAGCAGCGCCCCGCGAAUCCGAAAGCGCGUCUCCCUCGUCAUCGACGACCAGGUCGUGCUGCCCACCGAUAUGAUCCAGGAGUCCGCUCUGACGUCGCCCGGCAGCGAGACCACCUCGGCCACGGCCUCGACGGCGAGCCUCGACGACAUGAUCGACCCGCGCCUGACCUCGGACGCGCCCGUCUUCAUCGAGCACCGUGACGCCGUGCACCACAGUCUGCCGCACCACCGUCUGCCGCCGAGCUUGACGCACCCGCCGCAGACAAGCCCCCUCCAAACCGCCGCACCGCAGACAAGCCCCCUCCGAACCGCCGCACCGCAGACAAGCCCCCUCCAAACUGCCGCACCGCAGACAGGCCCCCUCCGAACCGCCGCACCGCCGUUUGCGAGCCCCGCGCCGACUGCGACGCCAGCCAGUCACUCCCCGCCCACGAGCCCCGCUGCGGGGGUUACGGCGCCCUACGCGCCGCCCUCGUACGCCACGCGUUCCUUGCUCGACCCGCCGCCAGACCAGAUGCAGAUCGAGGACAUGCCCAGCGCCGCAGGGGCAGACUCCAUAUAUUCCGACAUGGAUGGUGCCGAAGACCCAUUCGCCUCUGAAGCCGUCGCGCACGAGGACAACGGCUUCCAGACCUACGUCGGCGGCAUUUCCGGCUCGGGCGUCGACGACGUGAACCAGGUCGGCAGCGUCGGCUAUCCCAGCUCCCUCGGCGCGAGCUAUCUCGAGAGCUACAUGCAGGGGCGGCCGCUGAGCGUGCGCAUGGCCGCUGCAGAGCGCGAGGGCGACACAAACCUGAUACGCAAGCUGAAGAGCCUCGAAGAGCGGCGCAAGAAACGCGAGAACGAGGAGAAGCAGAAACACAGGGUCGAAGAGGAUGAGGACUGGAGCCCGCGCGCUGCCAAGGGGAGGGACGCGGACGACGAUGACUUCAUGGGCAGCAUGGACGAUUUUUGA